AUGCCAAAAUCAUCUUCGCAUAAGGUUUUUAGAGGGCAAAACCAUUCUCAGGGAAUAGAUUCUAAUAAUCAACCAUGCAAAAUUGUAAGCCCACCGCCAUCCUUUACGUUACCAUUUCCACCUGAGAUUAAUGCAGAGGAUUUAAUUAAUAGCAAAACACGUAAAUUGCCUUCUAAACCUCCUAAUGCAUUUUUUAUAUACCGAAAAGUUUAUACAAAAGAAUUAAUCGCUAGAGAUUUUCGAUAUAAAAUGACCGAUGUAUCUCCAUGGGUUUCGAGUUCAUGGAGAAAUGAAUCUGAUAAAGUACGGGAAAAAUAUAAAGAAAUUGCAAAGGGCGUGCGUCAACUUUACAAACAAACAAAGUUAGAAACUGUCGUGAACACUGAUGAGCCUAUGGUCGAAAAUAAGGCACAAAUCCUUGAAUCACAACCUUCGCCGUUACCUUCCACACCUUUUACAAAGGUUCGUUUACCCAUCCCUGACUCAUCUCAAGAAACACCAUUUAAUCAAUUGAAUCAAGAACAAACGUGCCUUCAAAAUUUUCGACAAUUAGAUUUUUCACCAGUUCCUGAAUCUAACGAAUUGAAUCAUAAUGUUAACAGUCAAGAAUUACAAAUGACAAACAUCAUUGACGGAUUGGAAAUUGGACCAUAUCAUGAAUAUUUUGGAUUUACAUUCCAACCUCCAUACUAUCCAUACUAUCUUACUACAAAUGGACAGAUUACUACGGAACCUUGUGAAUUUGAUCUUUUUAUUGAAAAUCCUAAUACCGAAUGGGAUAUUGGAGAGAAUGAAUUUUUACCUUUUUAA